AUGGCUUACUUGAGUAUAGAAAAAUUCAGAUUAACGCGAAGCAUUAUUCAAGGCAUUUCUCUUGUAAAAUUAGAAGAAAAUGAUAUUUGUGAAUACUGCUACGAAUGUAACGAAGCAAUUACUGACGAUGUAGUAAUACAGAUGGGCUUCAAAUUAAUAUUCCAAAUAGAAACCAGGACUUUCCACAUUAAAUGCGUCAGCCCAAGAGAUUUUAAAAUGCUGAUACCUCUGACGAUCCCUCAAGAAAUCAAUGACCCUGAAAUAAUGAAGUGGAUCGACAACUGAAAUUUUGCACUGCGAGCAACACAAAUUCCACAGAUCGUGAUUACUAAAACGAUGCAAGGGCCAAUUCAGACGAAUUUGAAGAGACCGUGACUUGAAGUUUUAAAAUUUUUGAAUUAUAAGGAAGUCCUAGGGGCUGUUUCAUUAGUCAAUAAGGACCUUUAUGAGCUUUGUUGAACUAAUGAAAUUUGAUCCUUUUACUUGUUAAGGGAUUUUGGACAGCUUUGCUUAAUAGGCGGUAGUGUAAGGGAAAGAUAUUUCCAAACAAUUUAUAUGAGUUGCAAUAUAUGCCGAGAAACAGGGCAUGAAUUAAUUUAUAGAUGCCAUGUAAGAAAAAGACCGAUAUGUCAAAAAUGUAUGCUCACAAAUCAAAAAGAAAUUAAUUGAGGUGACGCUAAACUUGCUUUUUCUCAAGAAAGAUUAAAUAUGUUUUGAUUCUGAAAAAGAGGAGUACACUAUCAAGCUGCGUACUUGGAUUUUGAUGUGUACCCAAGAGCUGUAAUUGAAGAAAUAUAUGAGAGGCUGAAUAACUCUGGAGAAACCUAUUUGGCAGAUUGCUUUUGUGAUAUUGCCAAAUCAUACGAAAGGAGAAAUUUACUAAUAAAUAUGAUUAUAAAAAACACCAAAAACAUUAUUAAAUGUUUGAAGGAAAACAAACAAAUUAAUUGUCUUGCAGUUGACAUGAUUAAAGGUACAAGAUUGAAUAUAAAUAAGUCUUACUCCCCCCCCCCCCCCCCCUCCGUGAGCGAACAAAACCAUUAGAAAAAUCGCCAUUUUUUGACCAAAAACCCACCCUCCGUGAGUGAACAAAAAUUUUUUUAAUAGAAAAAAAAUUUUAUGGAAAAAAAUUUUGAUAUAUAAGUGAUAAUUAGUAUAAUGAAAUCUAGAGCUAAUUCUGUUUAAUUUUAAACAAAUUGCGUUUUAAAACAUAAAUUUUGCAAAUUAAAUUAAUAUUUGCUUCCCAAUUUUUGCAAAUUAGGAUUGUUUUAAAUUUCGAAAAAAAUAUUUUUUAUAAAAUUUAUAUAUAAAUUUUUUUUAAAAAAAAAAAUUAACCCCCCUCCGUGAGCGAACAAAAUUUUUUUGUUCGCUCACGGAGGGGGGGGGGGGGGGAGUUAA